ACAAAAAUAGAAACUUCCUCCUUUUCAUCUUGUUCUUCUUCUUCUCUUCUCUCGUUAAGCCAGAGGUUUUUUGAGGACUGAGUCUGAGAGAACUGAAAAAAAAAAAAAAGAAUUUGAAAACUUGGGAUUAAAGAGAGAAAUCAAAAAAAAUAAAAAAUAAAAAUGGAGAAAGCUCUCACCAAAGUUGGGAGCUUUUGGAUUUCAAAGAAGGCCAAGGAAGAGUUCUCCAACAUUACUGAAGACCUCUCUACAUUGUCCAAUACUGUUGAGGAAAAGGCAAAAUGGAUAUUCAACAAGCUGAAAGGAAAGCCACAGAAAGCCUUGGCUGACCUCCUCCGAGAGUACAAUCUUCCUCCGGGCCUAUUUCCCCGGAACAUAACGUGCUACGAGCUUGAUGAGGCGAAGGGUAAGCUCAUCGUAUACUUGCCGUCUCCCUGUGAGGUCAGCUUCAAGGACUCAUCCGUCAUUAGGUACGCCACUCGCGUCAAGGCGACACUCUCAAGGGGAAAGCUCAGUGGGGUUGAAGGGAUGAAAACAAAGGUUUUGGUUUGGGUUAAGGUCACAAGUGUUGCUGUUGAGAGCUACAAGUCUGAUAAAGUUUGGUUCACUGCUGGUGUGAAGAAAUCUAGACCAAAAGAUGCCUUUGAGAUGCCUAGAGAUGCCAUUAACCUUGAAGAGUUUUAAGGUCUCUCUACCUUUCAAAUUUACUAUUUGUAAAGCCUAUUUUCAUGACAUUUCAUUGGUAAUUCAUUGGUUUCUAUAAG